AUGAGAUUAUCAUCGUUGACAGCUUCAAUAUGCCUGAUAGCAAUUUGUCAGGGGUUUUUAAACACUGCCCCAAUGAUGAUAGAAAUCGUUAAUCCUACGUCAGAGUUGUUACCGGAUGGUUCCUAUUUAACGGAGUAUGAAUCAUUGAGAGUAAAAGUAGAAAAAUUGACGGAGAAGUGGUGCAGCGUCCGAUCUCAAGAAAGAUUGGCCAUUGUGCAAGUACCUGGGCUUAGUAAGAGGCUUUUAAGCCAGGAAAUUUCAUUCAACCAUCAAGAAAGUUUGAUAAAUCGUAUUUACAGAAGCUCCAAGAGUUUUGUCUCACCUCAUGUGUAUUAUCCUACUAGCGAGCUAGAGCAGCUUUAUUCUGCCAAAUGUCUUGAAGAGGGCCGUAUGUCUGAAGUUAGAAUACCAAAGUGGGAGGACACUUCAUUCGCUUAUGAAUCUUUCCUCAAGGAUUUGCACUCCAACGUUUUCUUUUUGCAGUUGCCAUCACAAGGGACCUUGACUGAUGAGGAUUAUUUGAAGGCUCUCAGAAAUGCUUUAGACCACUUGAAAUGUUCAAUGAAGAAAGUAUCCGAGAACAAUAUAAGCUUCAUCAUCCAAGGACUACCGUCUGAACCUCAGAAUAGCUUUAGAUCUAGAGAACUUCCCACUUCCAACAGCACUAUCGGAUCAGGCAGCGCAAUGGACAAAUAUACAUUCUUCACGCCAGGAAUUUGGAUGACCACUAUUGUUUCUUUAUUUUUGGCAUGGGUCUUUUCGGUAGCCCUCAACUGGGUUUCAUCAUUGCAGAUAAGUUACAAGGCAUUUGAGAAACAGGUAAACCCUCAAAAGAAAACUCAGUAG